CCCCCCACCCCAGCAGCAGCAGAUCCGGUUCUUCUGCAGCCUUCGCAGUGGCCUGAGGACAUCUGUCUCCACCCCUCUGACAGACCGCAGCAUGCCCUCCGAGACACCGCGAGCAGAAGAGUGGCCGGCGGGGUGCCCCCACCCCUCAGGGGCACACUCCAAGACGGGGAGCCUGGAGCAGGGGCCUCCGGGGGACAAGGACACCAAGGAGCACCUCUGGGUCAGUCCCAAUGUCCCGAGCAGAUGCUCCUGGCAGCUGGGCAGGCCCAUCACCGACUCCCCGCAUCACCACGCUACCCCGGCAAAGCCCCCCAAAAUCUUGCCAGAUAUCCUGAUGAAGAUCGGGGACACCCCCAUGGUGCGGGUCAACAAGAUCGGGAAGCACUUUGGCCUGAAGUGCGAGCUCCUGGCCAAGUGUGAGUUCUUCAACGCGGGCGGGAGCGUCAAGGACCGCAUCAGCCUGCGCAUGGUGGAGGAGGCCGAGCGGGCCGGGGUGCUCCAGCCCGGGGACACGAUCAUCGAGCCCACGUCCGGGAACACAGGGAUCGGGCUGGCCCUGGCCGCCGCCGUGAAGGGCUAUCGCUGUGUCAUCGUGAUGCCGGAGAAGAUGAGCACGGAGAAGGUGGACGUGCUGCGGGCCCUGGGGGCCGAGAUAGUGAGGACCCCCACCAACGCCCGGUUCGACUCCCCCGAGUCACACGUGGGUGUGGCGUGGAGGCUGAGGAACGAGAUCCCCAAUUCUCACAUCCUAGACCAGUACCGCAACGCGGCCAACCCCCUGGCUCACUACGACAGCACCGCAGAGGAGAUCCUGCAGCAGUGCGACGGGAAGCUGGAUAUGCUGGUGGCUUCGGUGGGCACGGGCGGCACCAUCACGGGCAUCGCCCGGAAGCUCAAGGAGAAGUGCCCCGGAUGCCAGAUCAUUGGGGUGGACCCUGAGGGCUCCAUCCUUGCCGAGCCGGAGGAGCUGAACCGAACAGAGCAGACGGGCUACGAGGUGGAGGGAAUUGGCUACGACUUCAUCCCCACGGUGCUGGACCGGGCGGUGGUGGACAGAUGGCUCAAGUGCAAUGACGAGCAGUCCUUCGCCUUCGCCCGCAUGCUCAUCUCGCAGGAGGGGCUGCUGUGCGGUGGCAGUUCUGGCAGUGCCAUGGCGGCGGCGGUGAAGGCCGCCCAGGACCUGCGGGAGGGCCAGCGCUGCGUGGUGCUCCUGCCCGACUCCGUCCGGAACUACAUGUCCAAGUUCCUGAGUGACAGGUGGAUGCUACAGAAAGGCUUCCUGAAGGAGAAGGACCUCACGGAGAAGAAGCCCUGGUGGUGGCACCUCAGAGUUCAGGACCUGAGCCUGUCAGCUCCGCUCACGGUGCUGCCCACAGUUACCUGUGAGCACACCAUCGCCGUCCUCCGAGACAAGGGCUUCGACCAGGCGCCUGUGGUUGACGAGUCGGGGACGAUCUUGGGGAUGGUGACGCUGGGGAACAUGCUGUCCUGCCUGCUCGCCGGGAAGGUGCAGCCGUCCGAUCCGGUCCACAGAGUCAUCUACAAGCAGUUCCGACAGAUCCACCUGACGGACCCGCUGGGCAGGCUGUCGCACAUCCUGGAGCUGGACCACUUCGCCCUGGUGGUCCACGAGCAGAUCCAGUCGCGGGACCAGGCCCUGGCAGGAGGCGGGGGGCCGGCAGACCACGGCCACGGGGAGUCCAGUAAGAGGCAGAUGGUGUUCGGGGUCGUCACCGCCAUUGACCUGCUGAGCUUCGUGGCCGCCCGGGAGCGGGCCCAGAAGACAGAGCCGGCGGUCGCGCCGGAGCCCAGAGCGGGCGGGGCAGCAGCGCCCCUCUGAGCCCCACGCGCGCCGCCCGCGCUCGCUCCCGUGGACACGGGACAGAAGCGCGUGUGCCUUUGGCCUGGCGCUGGCACUUUGCUGUCGCCAGGAUGCCCAGCCCGGGGCCGGCGGAGACGUCACGGUUUCCCUCUCCUAACCCCGGGACCUGAAGGCGCCUGCGGUUCAUUAGGUUAGACACGCUUUCCCUGACUUCCUCUCCGAGUGUUUCAACAAGGAAAUCGUAGAGAACUCGGCGAGCGAGCCACCCGUGCGGUGACCGGGCAGCGGCUGGGCAGUGACCGGGCAGCGUGGAGUCGGCUGAAGGCGGAAGGAAGUGCGUUUUCCAGAGAAGGGUCCAGAGCGGCGGCUCAGGAAGCGUGCGCUGGCUCCGACCCCCUCACAGCCCGGCGUCUGCUCGGGUUGGAGGGGCUGGAGUUUUGGGGGCUUUUUAAAUUGAGGUCCAAUUCACGUACCUAAAAUGAACAAAUUUUAAGUGUACGAUUCGGUGGCAUCUAUUAACAUUCAUGAUGGCAUUUAUUACAGCCACAUCCGCCAAGUUCCGAAAUGAUGUCAUCGCCCCGUUAGGCGCUCAUUCCCCUCCCCCCCUUCCCUCCGCUUCUGUCUCUGUGGAUUUACCUGUUGGGGGCAUGUCAGAUAAAUGGGAAUCGCACGGCCUGUGGC